AUGUCGAAACGUCAGCAUGACGAUGCCAUUGCCGGGCCGAGCCGUGAGAUGCCGGAAGGUCGCCUGUUGCCGUGCUAUCCUUGCGUGGUAACGCCAGAAGGCACGGUACGCACACAAGGCGAUCCAGUGCUGUACCAAGCGACAUCAAGCGGACGCAUUCGUCCUUGGAUACAUGCCUCUACCCCGACAAUGGCAUCGCCGUCAUCGUUAGUUCCUGAGGCUGCGGGUGGUAAGAAAAGGUGCCGUCGCGCCCUGAACCUGAAAGAAAUUGCGGCAAUUCUUCAGGACUCAGGCAGCGACGGCGAAAACGAUGACGAUGAAGAGGGCGGUGAAGGUGACAUUGAUAUCCCGGACUUUGUUCGUCUUCGCCAAGCAGCCCGCAAUUCACGAAACGUGCAUGUCCGGGAUCAGCGAAAUAUGUUUGAGGAUGAUGAUGAUGAAGAUUUGGUAAUGUGUGAUGAAAUUGAUACGAGAAGUGCCGUAGAGUGUGAAAAUGACGAGAAUGAAGAAGAGAAUGAAUGGCAUGUGAAUGUGCAGGAAAGAGCGAGAGAGAAUGAGAAUGAAGAGGCAUUGAUGGAAGACGAAAGAACAGAGAAUGAAAGAAUAGAGAAUGCGGAUGGAAGGAGAGAAAUGAGAGGAAUGACAGGGAGCUCUGGAGCAGCUGCACCUGUCGAUACGACUUUCUUCUGGUCGGAAGAUUUUACAUCUUUUACGGCUCAGAAGGAAACGUAUUUGCGCGUGCCCGGCCCAACUUUUUCUUCCCAAGAUCCCACCGCUAUCUUUUGUAAGAUCUGGGAUCGUGAAUUUAUGGAGACCAUUGUCAGAGAGACAAAUGAAUAUGCAUGUGAAAUAAUCUCUCAGCUCUCCGACCCUGAUAUUGGUGGUAGGAUUCCAAAUUACUUGGAUUCCUGGACCGAUACCACGGUUGAAGAGCUGUAUAGAUAUUUUGCCGUGCUAAUUUAUUUAUCUUUUUGCUAUCGUUCCAAAAUUCACGAAUACUGGGACACGGAGAUCUUGGAAAUGCCUUCAUUCCGCAAAAUUAUGUCGCGGACUAGAUUCCUGCUACUUACCAAAUUUUUGCACUUUGUGAGUAAUGAAAAUUUGGUAAGUAGGGGAUAUGAACGCAAAGUGGAAAAAAUUGCGCCGGUUGUGGACCACUGCUACCGAAAGUUUGCAGAAAUGUAUACACCGUCUCAGUACCUCAGCUUAGACGAGUCCUUGCUUUUAUGGAAGGGUCGUUUAAGCUGGAGGCAGUGUAUACGGACCAAAGCUGCUCGCUUCGGAUUCAAGUCCUUUGAUCUUUGUGAGGCUGAAACCGGCUACUUGCUCCAAUACCGGCUGUACACAGGCAAAAAUACUGCCAUGUAUCCCGGACCCUUACAUGGCUUUAAUGACAAAACCGCGAAGGUUGUCUUACAGCUCAUGGAGGGGUACCUGGAUACAGGGCAUGUUCUCGUUAUGGACAAUUGGUAUAACCAAUUGCUCUUAACGAGAUAUCUUAAAAGCCGGUGUACAGAUGUAUUGGGCACGAUAAGCCGCCGGCGAAAGGGGAUACCACAUGCUAUAAAGGAUUUGAACCCGAAGCAGCUGGAGCGUGGGGUGUCUGUAGGUAGACAUUGCGGUGACAUCGCGUUGGUGGCGUGGAAAGACGUCAAACUUGUCACCGUUUUGUCUACCUACCACCAACAUGAGAUGGUACCGGGAAGACGUGCUGGACAGGCGGUCCUGAAGCCAACAGUGGAUCAGGAGUACAACCGAUACAUGAGAGGCGUAGACUUGAAAGAUCAAAAGUUGUCUAUGUUCUUAUUAGAACGGAAAAGAAACCGGAAAUGGUACAUGAAAGCGUUUAAAAGGCUGUUAAACACCAGUCUUUUAAACGCUUUCAUUAUUUAUUUGCGGAACCCCAUUUAUCGCUUGUAUUCCUACCGCCAGUUUAGGCUGAAGGUCGCCAAAGGGCUAUUGAGCCGAUACCCACGCGUUUCUCGGUGCCACCCAGAGUACCGAAUCAACUGCAACGGCUUGUUCUUCGUUUGGAACCGGGGAAUCACUUCCCUAUUUAUACGGAAGCUGAUUCGAGGCCGGGAAUUCAAAAAGAAUCGCAAGCAAUUGCGUUGUGUUCGGUGCACUGCUCUAAAAAAACGGGUUGUGGUCACAGUUAUGUGCAAAUUGUGCCAAGUCCCGUUAUGUUUAGGGAAAUGUUGGGAGGACUACCACACCGUGGAAAAUUUGUAA